AUGUCCGACGCGCAAGAUUCUAGCUCACUGUCUGGGGCUCGCUCGGCGGUGAAAACGCCCCUGCUCAUUCCAGGCCGAGGUGACCCUGUCAAAGACGCUAUUCUUGUAUUCUCGGCUGGAAAAAUCGACUAUGCCGGACCUGUGUCCGGACUUCCUACCUCGUUGAGUGUGCCGCCGGAGCGAACGGUCGACGUGCCUGUCUUGUUGCCAGGUUUGUGGGACUGCCAUGUUCACUACAUUGGGCAUCUUGAGCAGAGCAUGGCUGGCAUGGCAGACCCUCACCCAUUCUUGGCUGGUACUCGUACGGUCCAUGAUAUUGCAGCCACAUUGAACGCUGGAUUCACCAGCGUCCGCGAAACGGCCGGCUGGGGGGCCGAGCUCUCUCAGGAGAUUGACGCUGGUCGACUCAUUGGGCCCAACAUCUACUCUGUGUGUGCCGCGAUCAGCUGCACCGGAGGCCAUGUCGACCAUCACACGAUGCCGGAACAUCAUUUCCACGAACUUGGCUGUCGCGGCCUCCCACUCGUUGUGGCUGACGGUGUCCCCCAGUGCAUCAAAGUGGUCCGGCAACAGUUGCGCCGUGGUGCGAAAUGCAUCAAGAUCUGCACCAGUGGAGGCGUGUCCAGUGACCGUGACGACCCGAGGCACCAGCAAUUCUCCGACGAGGAGAUCCGGGCUAUGGUCGAGGAGGCAGCAAGGUCGCAGCGAGCGCUGGCUGCUCACGCCCACGGCAAGCCUGGCAUCAUGGCGGCGGUCCGUAAUGGUGCCACCACUGUCGAACACGGCGUUUAUCUAGACGAUGAGGCGAUUGCGCUGAUGAAAGAGAAGGGGACCAUCCUGGUCCCGACUCGUUCCAUCGUCGAAGACGGCCUAGCAACCGCCGAGUCAUGGUCGACUAGGGCGUACGAGAAGCUUCAGCAAGUAGCAUUGCACCAUGCUCACGCCUACCGGUCCGCUGUAGCCGCCGGCAUCAAGAUCGCGAGCGGGUCGGACUACGGCAUCAGCAAGAGAGGCACUCCGCUGAGUCAUGGCCAUAAUGGCAGGGAGCUAGAGCUGGCGGUACAGGUGGGUGGCAUGACACCGUUGCAGGCGAUUGAGGCGGCAACAGCCACGGCCCCGGAGGUUCUCGGUCCACAAGCCCCUCAGAGCGGCAUCCUAACACAAGGAUACGACGCCGAUUUCAUCGCGUUAGCGUCUAACCCCUUGGACGAUAUCAGCAUUAUUGCUGACCCAGACAAUGUGACUCAUGCCUACGGGCCACAGCUAAACCCUCCUAAUAAUCCUACCCAGGACGUGGUCGUACUUUACACCUGUGUACGGAUUCACGUACUGGUCACACUUUUAGGAGAUCCUUGCAGAAUGUUCAACGUAUGCGGCAGCGCUUCAUCAAGAUCUGUUUCAAUUUUCACUGCCAUGAUUACCAAUGCCAAAGACAAGAAUGCAGCGACACCUUCAAAUGUCGCCAAUGCCGUGAGGGAGGAGAUCGAUAAAGAGUCCGUUCUGGUCGCUCACAUUCAGGCGUCUCCCUCCAGUGUCGUGACACUGGCCGAGAAACGGCUACUGCGCAAGAUCGAUUUUCGUGUUUUGCCUAUCCCCAUUUUGCUGGUAGGCUUGUCGUCGAUUGACCGAGUCAAUAUAUCCUCCGCCAAGGUUGCUGGAAUGGCUCAGGAUCUGAAUUUGGGGGGUGCUCGGUAUAACAUCGCCGUUCUGGAGCUACCGAGCAAUCUCCUCGUCCGGCCCAUCGGCCCCGUUCGAUACUUGUCUAUCCUCCUUCUGUUAUGGGGCACUGUCGCGACGUGUCUUGGGCUUGUACAAAACUUUGCCCAACUUACCAGUCUGCGCGUUCUUCUUGGCCUUUUCGAAGGCGGGCUCAAUCCUGCCUGCGUCUAUCUGAUCUCGUCGUGGUACAAGCGCUACGAGACGCACCGGAGAAUUGCCAUAUGGUACACACUUGCGAGCAUCAUCGCCGGAUUUGCCGGGGUCAUUUCUUACGGCUGUAGUAAACUGGAGGGGCUUGGAGGACUCCGGGGUUGGCGCUGGAUCUUUAUUGUGCCAGGCCUCAUUACCAUCGCUUGCGUCCUACUCGUCUAUUUUUUUGUUUCUGAGUUUCCCGAGAACGCCAAGUGGCUGAAUCCAGACGAACUCGACCUCGUGCGGGAAAGACUUCAACAAGACCGCGCCGAGAUAUUGGAUGACAGUGCAACAUUAAGAGAGUCCUUUGCUUCACUGAAAGACUGGCGCGUUUGGACGAUGGCCAUGCUUUACUUUUACAUCGCUGCCGCAUACUAUGCCUUGGCGUUCUUUACACCAACCAUUCUCAGUGCGUUUGGCUUUUCUGUGGCCUUGAGUCAAAUUCUUCAGACGCCGCCCUAUAUAUUUGCAUCCAUCUGUUCAGUCGCAACGGGCUACUUCGCUGACAAACUCCAUCGACGAGCGCCGUUCAUGUACGGUCAUGCGGCUGUGGUCAUCGGCGGGUUUCUACUGAUGGGUUGGGGGCCGGAUACAGGUGGCAAACUUACCGGCGUUUUUUUGUCUAUCGCUGGCAUCCAAUGCAUCAUCCCAACCGUGCUGACUUUCAUGUCCAACAAUAUAGUGUCAGUCAAGGAUGGAAAAGUGGCCAUCGCUUUGCAGAUCGUGAUGGGAGCUAUAGGCGGGCUCGUCGGCUCUUUGAUCUUUCGGCCGCAAGACGCGCCAACUUAUAGACCAGGCAUGUACGCUGCAUUUGCGCUGAUAGUCCUGUUCGUUGUCAAUGUCUUCGUUGUUACUGAGUAUUUUCGGCGUCAAAACAAGAAAGCGAAUGAGGCGGGACUGAUAAUUGAUGGAGUACUCAUAUCUGAUAAAAGGUCUUUGUACAACGUCUCGGCCCAGUUGGGUACCAUUAUGGCUUCAGGAAGGAGGUUGCUGGUCAAUCGCCAUCAUCUUCUUCUCCCGUUGUCCUUCACCUUUACAUCGUUCGUCAUGGCGUUGCCUACACCACCAGAUGCAGCGAAUAUGACAUUAUCAUUUAUCUCAUUGAAUGAAGAAAAACCCAUCAGCAUUGUUCUUCUCCAUGGAGGUUUCACGUGCCGUCUCGAGUUCGCGCUCGUCAUUCCGCACCUCUCCGACUUCCACUUACUCAUCCCUGACCUCCCACUGCAUUCCGCCUCACGACAAAUAAAACCAGGAACAAUCGAAAACUCGGCCUCCCUUGUCGCGCACUUCAUUGGUCUGCAUGCCCAUGGUGGAAAGGCUCAUGUCGUUGGCGUUUCUAUGGGUGGGUACGUCGGUCAGUGUCUCGCACUACACCAGCCUGACCUCGUUCUGUCGCUCUUUGUCACCGGUGCUGCUCCUUUAGCUGGAAAGCGAUUGCUCAUGGCUCGCUGGCCCAGAUUCACAUAUUGCUUCAUGAUAUUUAUGCUACACGUGAUCCCUACUUCGGUGUAUCGCUAUCGCAGCUCACAACUUGGCUUGAUGAUAGACGACGAGUUAUUGUCGGAGAUGAGGGCCAACUUCACUUGGGAGCUAGUCAAGGAUAUGUUCUCUUGGGUCUUGUUAUUUAAUCUGGAUCAUGUGCGUCAGCUUCCGGUACGGGUUCUAUCGAUCGCGGGAGCAAAAGGAGACGAUGUGCCCAGCAUAGAAAAGACGGCCGAGACAUUAAGGAGCAGGAGGACUGGCCAAGGCGAAUUGUGGCCCGAGGAUGGGUCCGGAGCAGUCAUCGUAAGGGAUGCAACGCAUGGAUGGGACUUGCAAUUCCCAGAGCGUUUUGCUCUAGGGGUGUCUGCUUGGGUCUCUGGCAAGAAAUUGCCUGAAGAGUUCGAGAGGCUGUAG